CCCUCCUGCGAGCAGCCACGCUUUUGGCUUUCCUGAAUCACUCACACGUUUAUUAUUUGGCUUUGCUAAAAUCACUCUCGUUUUUUUAAGUGGAUGGUAUAAAUGAUAUCAUUUGAUAGGCGGAAAGAAAACUAAAAGUGGAUUUGUUGCCAAUAAAUCGACGUUUGCAACAAAGUAGUCGCUCACGCGCGGUGGUGGAGGAGUUCUCAAUUAUUGUAACUUUUUCCGUGUGUUUUUCUCCAAAGAAAGAGGGAGCGAGAGCUACACGCUUUAGGCGCACGGUGCGUUGAAAAAUAACUAUUUACAGAAAAUAUUAUUCUCACCAUAAAAUUUCAUAGUUUUAAUUGUUAUUUGGUUGCCUAUAACAGUGAUUAUCCGGGGACAACGCCAAACGGAUUAAUAGCGUCAACCCACCCGGGAUGGAGCAAUCCCGUUAACUUUAUAGCAAGAGCAAAGCUCUGUUUGUAGGCUAAUAGCGGAGCGGACUCUUCCCGUCACGGUGCCCGGUUAGUGUGAGCUGGAUAUCCCGUCACCGCACUAUGGGCUGCGGGUUGAGGAAACUGGAAGACCCGGAGGACAGUAGCCCGGGGAAGAUCUACUCCACUCUGAAGAGACCGCAAGUGGAGACCAAAACAGACACCGUUUACGAGUAUGUGCUACUGGACUUCAGUUUGGAAGGUAGUCGCCCCACGGUACAGUAUGUAUCCACUCUGUGUGAGCUGCCCCAGGCCCUGCAACCCUAUUAUACCCAGGGCUAUGUCCUCACCACCCUGCAUCCCAUCAUCCUUUCUGUUGGACGUACACGCUCCCUGCCCUUCAGCCUGCUUUACCGAGCCAUACUCGCCCGACCACGACUCAGCAAGCAGGCGGUGUCCAUGUGUCACAGUGUUCCGGUGUUGAGGGUGGAGGAGUGGCCUAUCCCAGGAGAGUCCCUGACAGUGGACACUGUUAGAGCACUCAUUGACAGGGUGAACAGUAGUGCCCGGGGGGGCGUGAGGUUUGUGGGCUCGGUGCUCCAGCAGGCUGGAGGAGGGGGCAGUAACGGUAGGGUGCCUAGCCCCAGGAGGGGCUGCCGAUCCCUCCCACGCACCCCUCCAUGUACCCCUCCUGGAGAUGGAGACAGAGACCUGGAGGAGCACAGCCCUACCUACAGCCCUGACCUGAGGUUGCUGGUGUUUUUCCACUCGUGGGCACCAGGCUGUGCUCCGGUGGAUGCUCUGGCCUGCCAGUACCACCAGGGGGCGCUGUCCAUGCGCGUUUCCAGGAAGGGUCAAAUGGUCAGCGGGCUGGAGGCCGAUUGGCUGGAGCUGACUGCAGCCUACUACCGUAAAGGCUGGUCAUUGGUGGACUCGUUUGUGUACUGGGACACACCCAAAGGUGAGCCCGUGCCCAGGUCCCUAGAGGGGCUGUUUGUCUAUGAAGAGAGAAGUACUGCCCCUCCUGCCAACGACACUAUCGUAGUGGAGCAGUGGACCGUCAUCGAGGGUUCUGAUGUGAAGACCGAUUAUGGGCCACUCCUUCACACACUGGCUGAGUUCGGCUGGCUGCUCACCUGUGUCCUGCCCACACAUAUCAUCCGCCAUGACCGUGAUGGUAACCUGGCAACCAAGCAGGUGGUGUUCCUACAGAGACCAAUCAAGACCUCUUCAAUACCACAGAGGAACCAUGCGGGGUCCAUUCAGAGGGACGUGUCCACUCGCUCUGUGAGUCAAGGUGUGGGCGGCCCCCUAACACCCCCCACUGUGGAGCUGUCCCCCACCGCUGGGGGUAUCGGGGGGUUCCCUGUUUUCGGAGGGGGGUACCCCAGCGCCCUGUCCCACCUAGAGGAGGGGGGCUUCGAGCACGACGACGGGGCGGCAGAGGUCACCUGCAUGUGACCCCUGAAAUGGACACACACACACACAGAUGAUAUACAUUCCCCAUCUAUCCCUCUAAUCGCUUCCAUAACCAAGAAGACCAUAGAUUAGAAAGCAAAACUUGGCACUUUCUGUUUUUUUUUUAUUAUGAAGCCAUAUUUACCAUUUUGAGAUGGUGUUAUUUCCAUUUUUAUAAAUUUUGUUGGGAAAAGCAAGCCGUCUAUAUUCACUGAUGUUGAGACACUUUUGUUCAUACCAUCACAAAUACGCACUUAUAAAUCCAGAUUCACACAUCACAUCGUUCACACACCACCUUUUCAUAUGAGAAAGAACAUGCAUUCACACAUAACUGUGACUAGCACAAAGCGCAGGACAUCUCCACAGUGACCAGGGGAACCAGGAAGUACCUUCCAUGUAGACACACACAGACCACUGGACUGAACUCUGUGACCAACGACACACCUGGAUGUUGGAACAACGUGUCCCCAUGUUUUUGUGCUCAAGUCUGUUGUUCAUUGAUCUGUAUUUUUUAAUAUUUUUUAUUCAUUGGCAUCAGGACCUAUUCUAUUCCUGCACCUAUUGUGUCAUAAGAAAUAGCUGGUAGUUAUUUUAUCAUAGCCACAUGGUACUGGUUAUCAGGCCUCAAUUGUUUCAUUCUGCCCAGUGAUGAUUCCUUUCCUCAGUUCUUCAGACAAAAGCCCUAUUGUGUUACUAAGGGAGAUGACUGUGACAUUUGUUUUAUAAUACUAUUAAAGUGAAACAACAAAGGGUUUGUUGUAUAAGAGAACACCAUGAUGAUGUACAUAUCGUAGAUGUUAACAAAAAGUAUCACUAGAGAUGGACCUUUUUAGUUACACAGAAUACAAGUUUAUGAGCCCCCUUGUUUUGGGGAUGGCAAAACAAAUCAGUAUUAUUUACCAGUUGCAGUGUUUUCAUUUGAGAAUUUGUAAUAUUUUGCUUCCUUUUGUCAUCGGUGUUGAUAUUUUAUUAAACAGCUAUUUCUCCUCGUUCCUCUGUGUCCAGUUGUAUUCUCCGCUUUAGAAAAACACUGGCCAUGAUUUCCUCACAUUUACUGACCAAUUAUUUACUUUUAAGCACUUGGCAGCUAGGCUAAAUGGAAGAGGCCAUGGACAGGACAAGUUCAUUCUUGACAGUUCCAGCGGUGGCCCCACACUCACAUCUGCCACCUUAACCUUCUUCAUCCAGGUGUUGAGAGGUGUAAACCUCUCAAAUAUUCCCAUUACUUUUACAAGCUGCAUUUAAAAAUUAAGUCAUACCAGAUGAGGCCAAAUUAUACAAAGGGAUAGUUUUUUGGGUCAACAAGAAAACGGUAAUAGUCCUUUUUUAUUAAGACAUGGAAAUGUCCACAGUAACAAAAUGUAGUUCUUUAAAGGAAAAUAAAAAGUUGGGCGGAUCGACAAGACUCCUCCCACAAAAUAACUUAAGGAUGAGGGGGAGGGAGGGUAAAGGGUGAAGGUGGUAUGUACUCAGAGCAA